AGUAAAGAAAGACAACUUGUAAUCCUGUCGCAUAAGAAUACCAUUCCCAGCAGUUUUAGAAUCCACAAAUCGAAAGUAGAAUUAUGGGGACGCUCAGCCAAAUUCUCAAUGAUUUUGACCGCUCAUUGAUAAAUACAGAAGACCAGGGGGCAAAAAUAACAGAUAUAAUAACAAAAAUCCUGGCAAGAGAGAAACGAGAAAAAGAAGACAUGCAGAAGAAGAUAGACCAGGAGAAGGUUCAGGUGAAGAAAUUGGAGCAGAGAUUGCAGAGUGUACAGAAUAAUACGGACGGCAGUGGAACUACAAAUUUGGUCCUUACAGACAACAACACGGAAGCCAAACUAUGGAAGGAAUUUGAGCUGAAAAGAUCAAGUGCAAUGGAUAUUUUUACGAAUUCUAAAGAUAAAACGUCCACCGCCACAGUGUCCCUCACGGAAGAACAGUCUGGAGAUCUCUGUCGCAUAGCCAAUUCUGCAAAUGAAUUUUGUCAUAAAAAAUAUGAGGAACAACAGAAACAAUUGGGCAAAGCCUUGAAGUUUUCUCUUGGGGAGAAAGACCAAGAAGAAGCAGUGAGGUCCUUUCAGAUAGAACUGGGAAGUGAUGUCGUACCCCAUCUCCGCAAGAUGUUUUGCAAAUUUUCAAAUGAUAAAAUGAAAGAAUCCAAUUUGCAAAUUCAAAAUGAAGAAUCCAAGAUCAAGAUAGAGAACUAUAUGAAAGCAUGCGCUGAUGUGUGCUGGCACGUACAAGUUAAUCAUUACGGGGCUAAGCUUGUUUGGGAAGUUCCAAAAAACGCCAAAAAAGAAGAGUUCAGUUGUUCAACAAAUGGUUGCAAGAAAUCGGAAUCAUGCAAAUGGAGAGUGUACGUACCAGCUGUAUCUUGGAAUGGGCGAGUGCUGAGUCCAGGGAAGUACUCUUGUCUCUCCUGCAAUCCCGCUAGUGAUGCUCGUGGUGAAAAGCACGCCAAAGGAAAAAGGGACAAAAACCAGCCUCAAACAAUUUGUGAGACUGGUGUAAUUAUACAUGUACCAGGAGAAGAAGACAAAAAUAACCGAGGAAAAAUGUCUAGGAAAUAAAAUAAACAGCAAAACAUAACAUCAUGACAAGAGCAUUCUAUAAAUAUUCAUUUUGAUUUAGCGCUUUUAAUGUUUACAGACAUGAAUGCAUUUACAUAUAUUGAAUUGAACAUAUUUUAUUGACAUUAAAACAUCAAAAGGAAUAGGCACAAGUUGAAAAACUUGCUGAUAAUUUGAAACUGAAAGUGUAUGUUAUGCACGAGGGAGCUGUAGCAUACAUCAAAGUAAAACAAUUUUAAAAUCAUUUAAGAUUUUCCUGAAAAAGUGCACAUUCGUUAAUCGUUAAGAGAGGAUUGAAUAAUGUUAAGCAGUUCUGUGUUUUGUGCAUCAGAUAGGGAAUCAUGUUCCCAUAGUAACAUAUACAAGUCUAUAAUGUACUAGUUAUUGAAUGCAUGAAGUUUUUUCAUCAAAGCAUUUCUUGCUGUUGCAUAUUUUAUACAUAAAAUAUAGAUGGCGUGCAUCUUCUGCCCUUCCACAUGAACAAUUUGGAUUAUCAGUAAAGUUACAAAGAUGUAAAUCAAAUCUCAAAAUACAGUUGUCUUAAACCUUGUGUGUACUAUAUUAAAAAUCUAUUGUGGUGGUUUUGCAACAUUAUUUUGCACACAUUUCUUAAAAGUAUUAAUAAAUUCAAAUUAUCACAUGUAUGUUAUAUAACCGGGAGGUUUUUUUUUUUUAUCUUUUUUUUUUUUUUUUUUACAUGUACAACACUUGUAUAAAACAGAAAUUGUUUGUUGCUUAUUAAACCCAGUUUCAUACGUGAAAGGUGAAUCCGGUUCCUAAAUUGUAAGAAAACUAGCAAGAUGUUCCGCAUGCUCACCCACAAUGUAAACUGAUACUUUCUUUCCCUGCAGGACUAGUUAAUUAAACAAGAGGUUGAUAUUUUAAACAAGGGAAAGUUGAGUAGAAACAUGAAAUGGAUAAACAGAAUUUAAAAAAAAGAUAAUAGCCUUUGCUUGAUAAUCGAACCAUGGUUUAAACCAAUGAAAUCCUUAUUGAUAAAUUAUAAAAUGCAAAUACAAAUUAUACCAUACAAACGGAAAUGUUUACGAUACAAAUCGAAAAUAUACAAUACAAAUGAACAGUUUUACAAUACAAAUGGAAAAGAUCAAAUAUUGUAACGUUUGACAUGCCAGAGGUGGUAACGUUCUCAUUUCAAAUAAAAGAAAACUAUGUUAAACAAAAUUUCAAAUUUUAAGUAAAAAUGCUUUUUAAGAAAUAGCAAGAGCCAAAAUACGUAAAUACUCUAAAAUUCUAAUUUGUUCACUUUUAGAAUUUCAAUCAUGUAUUUAAAACCCUUUAGUCAUAUGGUAAUGGACAUCUAUUGGUAGCAUGGUUUAGUAAUUGUCACAGGAUGGUCGCUAGACAUUAAAAUAGCAAGAAGAGUUUUAUGGUUUAUUCUGUUUUAAUGCAUUCAAAUUAUGAAUAAAAUAAAGUUCAUCCUUAUCUGUACUUCAAAGAGUAGUCAAAUAAAGAAGGGGUCUGUACCGCUAAAAUAUGUAAAAACAAUAUAGAUAUAGCUAUACUGUCACAAUACACAUACUAAACUUACUUUGCGUCACUUUAAUUUGCUGCACGCACACUUUACAAAUUGUAUUUCACUGCAUACUUGACUGUACUCCACUUUAUAGCAUUAUAUACAUAUUACACACCGCAUUUUACAGCAUAUACAUAUUGCAUGCUGCAUUUUACUACAUAUGCACUACACUUUACUACAUAGCAUUUUAUUGCCUACUCUGGGCGUUUCCCUACACCCAGGCAUGAACAUUACACUGUGCAUAUACGUUUAGGUAACUAUCUAUACAUUUGAAAUAUAAUAGCACAAUUGUACUGUGUACUCAUGUGAACUAUCACAGUAAAUACUAAUAUAAAUUGUAAAGAACGUUGGCCAUUUUAGGAAUACAUGUAAAUGUGGAAUAAAGCUAUUGAAGUAACAAGUAAACUUACCACAGAAGUUGUGGAUUCUGGUCAUAAGGAUUACUAUAUAUCAACUAUAUGAUCAUCAAUGCUUAUAAACGCGUCCGCACUGGGCAAUUGCUACACCAAAACUAAAUGCACGGGGUUUAAAGUGUACAAGAAUACCUGGUGAAUUAUUCAAAUACUAUGGAAACAUAUUGAGUUAUUGAAAAGGAUAAAGAUCUUAAUAUCAAUGGAGCUUUACUCGAAAAAUAUAUACAUUAAUUGUAACAGUAAUUUACAAUCUCUUUGUAUCCUAUCUAUUAAGCAAGGUCAACUAAGUUCACUUUACAUCAUGGUUUGAUUUUGAUUAAUAAAAACUUUAUUGUU